AUGACCGACUGGAAGACGCAGAUCGGCUACAAGUACAACCCGUCCUACCAUGCCUACGCCUACGGCCUCAUGUACCAGCCCGGGCCCGAGCAGAACCACGGGAACCACACCAGCUGCUGGAGCGACUCCGGUGUCACCGACCUGAGCGGCUACAACACCGGGGUCCCGCAGGCCUACUACCCGUCCACCACCGCCCGGGCCCGGGAUGAGUCCCCGCCGGGCAGCCCCCCGGAGGAGCAGUCCGCCGUCAGCGGCCAGCGACACUACCCGGGCUCCGGGGUGGUGUACCUCGGGGACGCCCAGGCCGGCCGCCUGCUCCAGACCCGGCCGCACCAGGCCGCGUACGACGACCCGCGGGCGGAGCGAGCCGGGCGGGUCGGAAGCCCCUCCACCAGCGACUCAGACUCAUGGAGUUCGAGGAGUAGCAGCAGCAGGGAAGGAGGUCUGCCCCAGACAGACCAUGCUACUUGGGUAAAGAGGGAACUUGAAAGUGAGGAGCGUGACAGGAGCCCCAUUUCCAGCAAGGACAUUUCCAGCUCUCAUGUGGAGGAGCCGGGAACCUUCACCGCCCCAGGGAACAAUGGCGCCGCGGACAUCACCCCUCUACAAGUGCCCGUAGCGGACCCCAUUAAGCCAAGUCCUCCUGCUGUACCCAAACCUAAAGGGAAGGUGCGGGCAGCCUUCUCAGAGAGUCAGAUGAACACUCUUGUCCAGCGCUUCAGGGUUCAGAGGUACCUCACCCCGGCUGAAAUGAAGAACCUGGCCGAAAUGACCGGCCUGACUUACCAACAGGUGAAGACUUGGUUUCAGAACCGGAGGGUGAAGCUGAAGAGGCACCAGAAAGACACCAGCUGGGUGUCUGAGCAAUACACCCACAACAAGGAUGGUCCAGCUCACGGAACCAUGUACAACAACCCUCCCCCACACAUCCCACCCUAUCGGGGUGAAGCCCAGUCCCAGCUCAAGGACCAUUACAACCAGCACAUGAUGAAGGCGACCCCACAGAACCUAGCCUACUACCUGGCUGCUAUGGGAGGAGCCCCAGGGCCUGCUGGUUACCCCUCCUGGCCCGCCACCUCUUCCCAGACAGCCAUGCCGACCAGGCCCCCAGCAACCGGCUGGUCCAUGCCGCCGGGCAUCAACCAUUACGAGUACAACCACAAUGCGUUCAACGCAUCCACGGCAAACAACACCGGGCACAAUACGAGCUUCGAAACCAAAGACGAGGAGCCGGUCAACAGCUGA